GAGAAAAAAAUAAAACAGGUAUUAAUUAUUUUAAAACUGUGCGUUUUCUAGCGGCGAACGAGCGUGCAUUGGCUGAACCUUUGCUAAUGCGGUGCAUCAUGGGAUUGAAUGAUUGCGCUUGAUAGUGUACACUACAGUAUCGAACACCGCUAAAAUGUCUGUUUCCUUAAACAGUGCACUUAAAAGAGCGAUUUCAUUCUAGUCUGACGAUGAUCGAAUACUCGAAAAAAAAUGUCUCUAGAAAAACGUAUACAGUGUUUACUGUGGUGGGCUAUUAUCCAGCAGUUAUGCUUUUUGUGGUCCAUAUGUUGUUCCAAUUGCUUCCAUUGUUUACCUCAUUUGUCGCUUUGGAUAAACGCGUCUGCUAGUGACUAAAUUAAGAGUAGUUUGGUUCCAAAAUGAGACAAUCGAGAAUUCAUAUUUUUCAUUGUGCAUUCCAAUUAAUCAAUCAAACUCUAGUUGGUUUGUUUUGACUUAAAGCAUAAUAAACCAUAAUAACUAUAUAAAAAACAUGAUUUUAGAUUCUUUUUAAGAUGGAGUUAUCUCUUUUUGGAACCAAAAUCAAUCGUAAAUGUAAAAUUCGCAGUGCCUCGAAUAAAGAUAAAGUCGUAGGUGUUGUUAUUUUGCGACGUAUGAAUAAUUUCUGAUAGCCUAUAGAAUUCAAAAGCAGCGAUGUUAUUUUACAGUAGGCUAUCCAUAGUUGAAGCAUUAAAAUUUGUAGAAAAACGUAAUGAUGUUUAAAAAUAGCAACUGCACCGUCACUAUGAUAACCUCGUGAUGUUUGAAUAAGUGAUGUUCCUGAAUCCCCCAGCUUUUGUUUUAAAGAGUUCUGAGGUGUUUAAUGAACAAUAGCAGCAGUAAUUCACAGUGUCCUUCACCUCCUCCACCCGUCAGCUCCUCCCUCGUGAAGUUCUUGAACAUCUCCAGAAGAGUCCUCCUCACUCCUCACUCCUCACUCUCGUCAGAUGGACAUUGAGAACUCAUACAUGUCGAGUUGAUAGACUUUAUCGAUGGCUUUUUUCCACACUGUCGGGUUUGUGGCUCUGCUGGUUUCAGUCGAGUGUCUGACCAGAGAUCAGAUGUUUGAUUAUGGGGUCCAGUUUGGCGAUCAGAUUCUGGAUCUGGGAUCUGAUUCAGUGCUCGAGCUCGAGCUGGAUCACGCUCUCUUCUUCUUCAAAGGAAAGUUCGACACAGUUUACGUCAGUACCAAUGGCUUCAUAUCACUGGCUGAACCCACGGCUGAAUCUGAGUAUCUGAGGAAAAUGCCAGCGGAGUUCGGUAUGAUCGCAGCGUUCAUGUGCCAUCUGGACACCAGCGAUGGAUUGGGUAAAGUCUAUUUCCGGCAGGACAGAAGUCCAGAAGUCCUGCGGCGAGCUGCUGGUCAAAUUUCCCGUGCGUUUCCCUCUGAUGAUGAGAUCGAACCCCUUCACCUCCUCAUCGUCACCUGGGAACACGUGAUGCCUCAAGGUGCAACAGGCAGAGGAGACGAGAUUCAAAACAUGAGAAAUACGUUCCAGCUUGUCGUGGCGAAUAUGGAGUCGGCAUCUUAUGCCAUCCUUCUGUACCCUGAAGAGGGUUUGCAGUUUGUCUCUACACCCGUAGAUGAUGAACAUCGUCUCGCUCAAGUUGGGUUCAAUGAAGGGUUGAUCUCAAGCUGGUUAGGGUGGUCUAAUACUCAGGGUUCAUACUAUCAGAUCACAGGCGAGAGCGAGGAGUCUGUCAGAGCGCUCACACAAAAAACCAACUCGGGCACACGUGGUGUUUGGGUCUAUGAGAUUGGCACGUCUCCAUUAUUCAGCUCCAUCACACCCGGGGUGAUGACAUCAGAGGUGACAUCAGAAGAGAUGACGGACACAGAGACGGCCGCCCCUGUCACCGAGACGUCUGCACCUCAAACCUUCACCCCGUUAGUUUUUUAUGAUGAAUCUCAGACUCCCGAGCAGAUCCCGUUUACAAGCUCAGUCACAGAAGAGCCGGUUUCAUCCACCGAAGAUCAGUCUGAGUCUCAUUAUCUACGACCACGACAACCACAGAACCCUGAGAUUGUGGACGUAGAUGAAGAGGAUCUGAAAGUCAAUGUGUUUGCAUACAAGCACGAGACGUGCUCCAGUGGCACACACACGUGUUCAGUAUUUGCAGACUGCAAAGAUUAUUCCAGCGGAUACUGCUGUCAUUGUAAACCUGGUUACUAUGGCAACGGCAAAGAGUGCGUCGCUGAAGGUAAACCUCAGAGAAUGAACGGGAAGGUGAACGGCAGAGUGUAUGUUGGGAAUUCUCCAUCUCCUGUUGAGUUCUCCAACAAUGACCUUCACUCGUAUGUGGUGACCAAUGACGGUCGAGCGUACAUCGCUGUUAGCAGCAUCCCGUCCAGCAUCGGUCCGUCUCUUCAACCCCUUCUCGCUCUGGGAGGAAGCAUCGGCUGGGCGUUUGCCCUAGAGCAACCCAACUAUCAGAACGGCUUCAGCAUCAUCGGUGGGGUGUUCACCCGACAGGCCGAGGUGACCUUCCAUCCCGGUAAUGAGAAGCUGAUCAUUAUACAGCAGUUUAAAGGCAUCGAUGAACACGAUCACCUGUUGAUCAGCACAGAGCUGGACGGCAGGAUCCCGGAGAUCCCUCGAGGAGCCACGGUUCAGGUCGAGCCCUACAACGAGAUCUAUCAGUAUUCCAGCAACUUGAUAACCUCGUCCUCGCGACGGGACUACACUGUUAACAUGCCUGACGGGAGCGGGAACACGCGGAGCUACCUGUGGACGCAGACCAUCCGAUUUCAGAGCUGUCCACACCAGGAGGUCAUGAGCUCCGCACCGCCCAGCCAACAGCUCAGUGUCGAUCAAAUCUUCGUCAUGUAUGACGCUGGAAACCAACUAAUCCGAUUCGCCAUGAGCAACAAAAUCGGCCCCAUUCACAGUGGAACUCCAGAGCAGAAUCCGUGUUUCACAGGCAGACAUGGAUGUGACACCAACGCCGUCUGUCGUCCAGGGCAAGGGAAAGAUUUCACCUGCCUGUGUGCCGCUGGUUUCAGCGGGGAUGGACGUGUUUGUUACGAUGUUGAUGAGUGUUCAGAAACCCCUCAGAUUUGUGGACCUUAUGCGAUGUGCAUCAACCAGCCUGGAAGCUUUCGGUGUGAAUGUCUGGAUGGUUUUCAGUUUGCAGCUGAUGGACGGACAUGUGUUGAAAUAAACCGGCCGGUGGAUCACUGUCAGAGAGGAACACAUGACUGUGACAGUCCAGACCGAGCCAGAUGCAGCUACACGGGGGGAUCCACCUACAUCUGCUCAUGUCUGUCGGGAUAUUCUGGAGAUGGACGUACCUGUCAGGAUAUUGAUGAAUGUCGGUCUGGUCACUGUCACAGUGAUGCCGUCUGCUACAACACCCAGGGCUCCUUCACCUGUCAGUGUCGGCCGGGUUUCUAUGGCGACGGCUUCAGCUGCUCACCCGGCUCAGAUGGAGAGAAGACGGCAUGUGAGCGACACAGAGAAUCCGCCCUGGCCGUCUCUUCUUCAUCAGGUGUAUUUAAUUUCUUCAGGCCGCGUCCGGCCGUUGGUCAGUAUGUGCCCACCUGUGACAGCUACGGUGCUUAUGAACCCACUCAGUGUCACGCCGGCGUGGGUCAGUGUUGGUGCGUGGACGAUUCCGGUGCGGAGAUUCCAGGCUCGAGGACAGCACCGGGCGGCAGACCCAUGUGUAUCGAUCAUAACGUGGCUCCGCCCCUCAUCGGCCCCACCCCGAGGCCCGACGUCAGCCCUUUGGCACCAGGAGCGCAUCUCUUAUUCGCUCAGAGCGGCAAGCUCGACAGCAUUCCGCUGGAGGGCGACCGGAUGAACAAAGACGGAGCCACGACAGUGCUGCACGUACCAGAUAAGGUGGUGAUCGCUGUGGCAUAUGACUGUGUGGAAAAGAUGAUCUACUGGUCUGACAUCACACAGCCGUCCAUCAGCAGAGCCGACAUGCAGGGUGGCACAGUCAGCGCUCUCAUCAGCACCGAUCUGGGCAGUCCGGAGGGAAUCGCCAUCGAUCAUCUCUCCAGAAACAUGUACUGGACCGACUCCAUACUGGACCGUAUCGAGGUGUCACGCUUAGACGGAAGUCACAGACGCGUGCUGUUCGACAAUGACCUCAUCAAUCCACGACCAAUCAUUGCCGACCCCACAUACGGACAUCUGUACUGGGCCGACUGGAACAGAGACGGGCCGAAGAUCGAGCGCUCCAACAUGGACGGCACCGACAGGACAGUUCUGGUGAACGACGACCUGACGCUGCCCAACGCCUUGACCUAUAAUCCCAUGACCCGUGAGCUCUGCUGGGCGGACGCAGGAAGUCGUAAGCUGGAGUGUAUGGACCCGUUCUCUCUUCUCCGGAGGAAAGUGACCGAAGGGAUUCAAUACCCGUUCGCCAUGGUGACUUACGGUGGAAACUUCUUCUACACGGACUGGAGGAGGGAAGCGGUGAUUGCCGUGGGCCGUCAGGACGGCACGGAGGUGGAAGAGUUUCUUCCUCAGAGACGCUCCCGUACAUACGGCAUUGCUGUCACUUACCCACAAUGCCCUCAAGGUCAGAACUUCUGCUCUCGUGAUAACGGAGGUUGUUCACAUCUGUGUCUGCCUCGCCCGGGUGGAUUCACCUGCAGGUGUCCCGACGCCCGAGACUCUCCUUGUGUGGAACAGGAUGAGAACUUCUGAGACUCAAAGAGAAGAUGAUUUGUAUUCUUAUGACAUGUGUCCCUCACCCGAGGAGAGAGAGUCAAUGGUGAUGAAUGCAAUCCGUGUGAUGUACAUCAGAUAUCUGUGAUCACAUUCAUCAUUUAAUAUUUUACUCAGUGUCAGUACCGUUCUGAUUAAGACAAUAUUACAGGUGGUUGUAUCAGGACUUUUGUUAUUAUUAUACGAAGUAUUAAGGUCAUUCAUCUUCCCUGCUGUACAGGAUAAGUGCUGAUGCCUGGUUUUAUAUUAAUCUUGUAAAAUUGUAGAUUUGACACCCGGAGGGAAACGUUGUCUUGCUCAAUUAUAAUGCUGAUAUAUUGAUACGUGCUUAUCAAACACUGUACACACAAAACGAGUGACCUCUCUAAUUUACACAGUAUUUACUCUUAAAAACAAAUGUGAAAGCAAGUGAUCCGCAGACAAAGAGUCUGUUCUGGUGAAUUUCAAGCAAAACCGUCACUUGAAAAUCAUUUAUUCACCUCAAAAAAUGACUUCCUUACAAUUUUUGUCUUGUUUUCCAGUACAAAUGUAUAAAAAUUGUUGAAUCAAGAUGCAUUUUUUAUGAGCAAAACUAUGAAAUUUCUGUUAUUUGUGCUUAAAUCAAGCAAAACAAAUUUGACAAUGGGGUAAGAUUGUCACUUAAUUCAACCUUAUUUUUCUUACCCUAUUGACUGAUACUUUUGCUGUAUUAAGUACAAAUUCCAAAUUUCAUAGUUUUGGUCUAAAAUCAAGACGGAUUUAAGUCAUGUUGCUCAUAAAAAUCGCAUCUUAAAUCAACAAUUUUUUGACAUUUCUACUGGACAAGACAAAAAUAGUAAGGAAGUAAUUUUUGGUAGUGUGUGUGAAUAUACUUUUAUACAAGUAUUACUGACCGUUUCAUUUGAUUCUCUCGCUGUUUCUUGUAAAUAAACUCUACAGUCAAAUAACCUCUAGCCAGUGAAACCUCUGGAGUAUUUUCUCUAUGGCGCUCUCUUCAUGUUGUGUGGGAAGUCAAUGGUUCAUCUGCACAUGACACUGACCGCUGUGACUUCACCGCCACACGUGUGAAUUUACACUCAUUGUUUACAUUUUUUAUAAGAGAGACGGGACGUGAGAGAGACUGUCUUCUGUACAGAUGUUUUCAUUAAAACAUGACUUUUUGA